AUGCAGAGAGCUGCAAAGAAUAUAUUUUUACUUUCGCAGAUUAAGCUGCCACCAAUGAUGGAAAUCAUAACGGCUGAACAGCUGAUGGAAUACUUAGGAGACUAUAUUCUUGAUGCAAAACCUAAAGAGAUAUCUGAAAUUCAACGUCUAAAUUAUGAGCAGAACAUGAGUGAUGCAAUGGCGAUUCUACAUAAGUUACAGACGGGUCUGGAUGUCAAUGUGAAGUUUACAGGUGUACGAGUAUUUGAAUAUACACCUGAGUGCAUAGUGUUUGAUCUUCUUGAUAUCCCCUUGUACCAUGGAUGGUUGGUGGACCCUCAGGUUGCUGACAUAGUAAAAGCAGUUGGUAACUGCAGUUACAAUCAGCUAGUGGAGAAGAUCAUUUCUUGCAAGCAGUCGGACAACAGUGAACUGGUUAGUGAAGGAUUUGUAGCUGAGCAAUUUCUAAAUAACACAGCUACACAGUUGACAUACCAUGGACUGUGUGAGUUGACUUCAGCUGUCCAGGAGGGAGAGCUUUGUGUGUUCUUCAGGAACAACCAUUUUAGCACCAUGACCAAAUACAAGGGUCAGCUUUACCUGCUGGUGACAGACCAGGGCUUUCUUACAGAAGAGAAAGUUGUCUGGGAAAGCUUACACAAUGUGGAUGGUGAUGGAAAUUUCUGUGAUUCUGAAUUCCACUUACGGCCUCCAUCAGACCCUGAAACUGUCUACAGAGGGCAGCAGGAUCAAAUCGAUCAAGAUUAUCUGAUGGCAUUGUCUCUACAACAAGAGCAGCAAAAUCAAGAGAUUAAUUGGGAACAGAUCCCAGAAGGAAUCAGUGAUCUAGAGCUAGCAAAGAAGCUCCAGGAAGAGGAGGACAGGAGAGCUUCUCAGUACUAUCAGGAACAAGAACAAGCAGCUGCUCAGGUCCAGCAGGUGCAAGGUGCUGCUUCUCCAGCAAGUGGAAGACAAUCUGGGAGUAAUGAGCGCAAACGUAAAGAGCCUCGAGAGAAAGAGAGAGAAAAAGAGAAGAAUAGCUGUGUUCUCUUGUAAUAGAACAUGAAUUUAGUCUGGAGCCAAGUGCAUGUCCUCAGAAGCAAAAACAAGGAGUAAAAAGGAAGACAAACCUGUUACAUGCCGCCUGUGCCUGAUUACCCCAUGGAUUUUGUUCACGUUUCAAGAGAGGAUGGGUGACUUUGUUACAAUCAUACAGACUUUCUUCAAAGUCAUAGUGCGUGUUGCUCAAGAUGGAAUUCCAAAUCACAGUUGGAUGCGGCUGUGCUUUGAGUUAGUCAUAAGAAAUACUGCACCUUGUAGCUGAACACACAAAUCAUGGCAAGUUUUGUGUCAUAGUGACAUCCAUUACUCAUUACAUCAGUUAGUAAGCUAUUUUAUCUUCCACUCUAAACAAAGGAGGUAAUUCGUUUUGUGUAAGACUUUUUCCUGAAGUCUGUACACUAGCACAACAGAAUUCUGUGUUACUUACAUGGUAUGAAACUAUAUCUUAGGCUGGGUAUAGUCUUCAUGAUACAAGAGCCCAAAUAACAGCUGGGCACUGCCUCUUCAAUGUGUCCAGAUUUCUUUGCUUCUGGAUCUGGUAUGUUCGGUUUUUUGAACCCAGAUUUAUACUGUGUUACUGCUAUCAUUGCACCUCCUGGCCAGCUUUCUUGCCCCAAGAGUAUGUGACUUGAUAGGCAUCAUACAAAAAAAGGUCGUAGAAAACGGGGCAUUUAUUAAUAAGCAAGAUGAAUAUUGUUUGCUUUUCUUGCAAUUACAAACUGGGUAUGGCAACUCAGAUGUUAUCAGGGUUAAACAAGUAAUUUUAUAGAUAACUUCUUUUUCCUUUAGUAUUUUUUCUCUUGUAGGUAAACUGGACCAGAUAAGUUCUUAUUUAUUGACCUCUCCAUAUGAUAGGUGAAUGAUGAGAGGAAACUAAGGUCUAUAAUAAUCAUUAUUCUAUAAGAAUGCAGAUUUAAAAUAACUAACUAUCUGCCUUUUUUCCGGAAGUACCUUGAACUCUAACAUGACGUUAACGUGUCCACUUGUAUAUUUAAGCAAGUGUACUGUAGUUAAAAACACAUUUUUGUUUGUUUUAUAAAUCAUGUAUCCUUAAAAAGCACACUUCUGAAGGGUGAGAGAGAAGCUAGGCUGCUCUCCGAGAUUGUUUGGAAAGGUGUAAUAUUUUGUUUUUUUAAAUCACUAAUUUAGAAUUUUUGGAAACCAGAUUUUUCUAAUUUAUGGGAACCAAAUAAACAUGUUGCGUCUUGUAGUAUUUAUAGAAUACAGAAACAGAAUACUUGCUGAAUUUUGAGGGAACCACAAAUCUUCCUCCACUUCCAUUAAGUCAAUAACAAUUACCUUCUUGCUGAACCUUUUUGAUAAAAAUUUCUAUUUAGCAAUUUGUAGAUACUUUUGAAAAAGGCUGCUUCUCUUGGACAAGUUAUGUAUUCAUGCUCUAAGCCUGGGUAAGUGUGUUAGUAUACAAUAAUCUGGGAAAGCUAAGGCAGCCAGGUGGA